AUGAACUCCACCGGUGGGGGAUCUGAAAAGGUCUCGGUACAAGUUGCAAUACGUGUAAAACCAUUAACGGAACAUGAUUUAGAAAAUUUACCUACACGAUUUCAAAGACAAAUUAUUACUACGUCACCUUACGCAACGAAUCAAAUUAUUGUUGAAGGAUUCAAUGUAACAAUAUUAGCAUAUGGGCAAACAUCUUCAGGAAAAACACAUACAAUGGGUACAGCUGAUAAUCCUUCAGUACCUUCAAUAUCAAAAGGAAUAAUACCAAGAGCGAUGUCUACAUUAUUUUCCAACAUUAAUUCCAUACAUCAAUCGAAAACGGAUCAUAGAAAAAUUACACUGUUUGUAUCAUUUAUUGAGAUUCAUAAUGAAGAUUUAAUUGAUUUACUUGGUGAAGGUGAAGAAGAGGAGAGACCUCCUGUAUUAAUCAGAGAAGAUUCUAAAGGAAACAUUUAUUGGAGCGGAUUACAAGAAGUUAAAGUUACGUGCGUUGAAGAAGUAAUAAAUUAUUUGGCUCGAGGUUCGCAACAUCGACAAGUUGGAGCAACUGAUAUGAACGCAAAAUCCUCUAGAUCUCAUGCAAUAUUUUCCGUAACAAUGUUUCAACAAAAGUUUGUAUCGAAUAAUGGUCAAAAUGCCCCUCCGAUGUCACCUAUGACACCUACUUAUUCAAGACCCGGAACACCAUCUUCAAGAUCUAUUGGUUCAAGAGCUCCUUCAAGAGCAAAUUCUGUUAUGAGUAGUAAUGACGGAGAAUGGGUUAAUAUAACAAGUAAAUUUCACUUUGUGGAUUUAGCUGGUAGUGAAAGACUAAAACGAACGGCCGCUAGUGGGGACAGGGCGAAAGAAGGAAUUUCCAUAAAUUCGGGAUUAUUAGCAUUGGGCAACGUAAUCUCGGCAUUAGGAGAUCCCAGCAAAGCAAAACAUACAACUCACAUUCCAUAUCGAGACUCAAAGCUUACAAGAUUAUUACAAGACUCUUUAGGUGGAAAUGCAAAAACAUUAUUAAUAGCGUGCAUUUCACCAGCAGAAUAUAAUCUUAAUGAAACUUUAAGUACUUUAAAAUAUGCAAAUCGAGCAAGAAACAUUAAAAAUAAUGCCGUGGUUAAUCAAGAAGAAAUGGGUUGGAGUGAUGUUUCACAUUUACAAUCCUUGGUUCUUAAGUUAAGACAAGAGAAUAAUGCCUUGAAAAUUACCAAUGCAACGUUGGGAUUACAACAACAGCAACAUAGUUCUAGUGGAACUAUUACUCCCGGUAGGGUUACUCCUACUGCCGGAAAUAUUCCAAGUCGGAAGAACUCCGUUAACGUGGCUACUAUACAAGGAAGAAAUACUCCAACGUCAGGUUUACCAGGACGUAGUACUCCAACCUCUGGUAUACCUGGUCGCAAUACCCCACCUUCUAUACCAGGACGAAUCACACCUUCUUCCGGAAUACCUGGACGAAAUACACCAACGAACGGGAGGGAUACUCCAAGUUCGAUGAGACGAACUUCUUCACCUCUUACAACCUUUGCUCAUGGAAAUGUUCACUUUGCUAAAGAAAUUGAAAUGUUAGAAGACCAACUUUCACAAUUACAACGUUCUUAUGCUGAACUCACACAAAAAUAUGCUAAAACUUCUGCGGAAUUGGCAAUGCAUCAAAAUAAUUACGAUGAUGAGACAAAUAAUCAUGGGCAAACUGAAGAAUAUGAAAAAACCAUAUCUUCUUUAGAAAGUAAAUUAGCCAUAAUGGACGCUGCAUUAUCUCAUUCCGAGAAUCUUUUAUUAGAACAAGAGGCAAAUCACAAAGAAGUUGAAGAAUCUAAUGAACAUAACAAGAAUGUCAUUAAUAGUCUACAAAAUUACAUCAAGGAAAUCGAAUCAAAAUUAGAAAAACGUGAAAUUGAAGCAAACUUGCAAACAACUCGUUUGGAACAUCCCGAAAAAUUCAUUAGUGAAACCGUUCGAUUACUUGAACAACGCUUAAAAGAACGUGACGCUGCAUAUGAAGAAGUGGAAGCACAGUUGAAUGAACUUAAGAAGGAACGAGUUGAAAGCGUUCCCGUCACUCAAGAAACAAAAGUUCUCCUGGAUAAACUCGAUGAUCGUGAUCGAAGAAUUAAUCAACUUGAAUUCAAAUUAAAUCUUUUAGUCGAAGAACUUGACAAACUAAGAAGGUUAGAAGCCACAAAUUCAAAUAGCUCGAUAACCGCGGGCGAAGACCGAUCUUCCUCUCCUUCAGGUGAACAAAAUCUCUUUACCGUUAUAAAUCUUGAAACUAAACUUGCUGAAUUACAAAAAUCACACGAAAAUACUGUUACUGAAUUGAUUGACGUAAAAAUCAAAUAUCAAUCAAGUCUAGACGAAAUUCAAGAUCUUCAAUCUUCACUAAAAGAAGCAAAUUUAUCAUCUUCCCCACAAAUUAAUGAUAAUGACCGGUUAAAAAUUACAACACUUGAAUCGAAACUCUCCGAAUUGGAAAAAACUUAUGAAAAAACUGUCGCGGAAUUAGCAGAAACUAAAUUUAAAUAUGAGGAGUCUCUUAAUGUAAUUCAAGAACUUCAAUCACAGCUCGAUAUACAUUCUGAAAUGGUUGAAGAUUUACAUUCUAUUUCGUCCACACCAAUGACACCGAUGACUCCCAUGACUCCCAUGUCCCUUUAUACCAAAGAAUUUUCAAGUAAUGCCGUCGCUCCUUUUGCUUCUAAAUCUUUACUUCAUCGAAAAGUCAAGUCAUUAUCCGCUGAUCUUUUAAAUUCGGAGAAGCAUGAUAGUGCUCAUGCCGCUAUAGUGGACAAGCUUCAAUUUGAAUUAAAAUUAUUGGAAUCUUUUCAUAAAGAUAAAUCACAGAGUCUAGAUGCCGUCAAACAUGAAUUAUCGCGUUUAGAAUUAAAUCAUCGUGAAACGUUACAAGUCGUUGAGGAACUUCGUGAGGAAAUUAGAAGACGUGAUGCACUAGCAAAAUUGGAAGUAAAAUCAGUAAUAAAUUCCGAACAAACUACGGACCAAUCAUAUUCGCCUAAUUCGAGUCACAUUGAUGAACUUGAAAUUAUUCAACGACUUCGUAAAGAAGUUGAACAAUUAAAAGAGAAACAAAAAUUAGCAAUGGAAAGUAUUGCUGAACGUGAAAAUGAGAAUAAGAAGAAGGCGGAAGAAGUUGAAAAACUGGAAUCAAACAUUAAUGAACUCAAAGAACAAUUGCGUCAAGCUGAAGAGAAGCAAAGAGACAUUAAUACGAAUGCCAGUGAACAACUUGUUAAUGAGUUACAAUCUCGGGUCAAGGAAUUGGAAGACAAACUCGUUAAAGCUUUAGAAUUCCAAAAUCAUCGUCAAAUUUCCGAAGUUGAUUCAGAUUCUCAACAAAUCUUUGAUAAAGAAAAAGAUGAAUUACUGAAUCUUCGUGAACAAGUUUCUAAACUUCAGACAGACAUUGAAUCAAAGGGUCAUACAAUCGCUGCACUUUUGCUCCCAGGAAAUGAACGUGAAAAUAAGAUUCGACAUCUUGAAGGUGAACUUUGUGAGGUAAAAGAAGCACUUCGUAUUGCUAUAGGAGAAAAAAAUAGCAAAUUUUCUAUUAUCUCUGAAUCUUCAUCAGAUAAUAACAUUACUUCUUUCCAAAGCGACGUGAUAUCUGAAGAAAGUUCGGCUGACAAACUAGAACAAAGCAAUGAUGAGAACGUAAUAGCAUUGGAAGACACAGUUAAAGAACUUGAAACUCGAUUAACAAAAGCAAAAGAAUCUCGAUCAAUAUCCCCACGAACGUCUAUUCUUCAUAUUAUGGAUCCAACACAAAAAACGAUGGAUCAUCUUGAAACUAAACUUGCUACUUUACAAAAGGUAUUGACUAAAAAUUCCGACAAUGUACAAAAUUUGAACGGCGAGCAAGAAUUAGUAGCUACUUUACAAUCCCAAUUAUUUACUCUUAAAUUAGAUAUUAAACGAAAAAAUGAACUUAUUGAGUCUUUAAAACGUGAUUUAGUAGAUAAAGGUACUUUACAACAAAUGCUUCAAGAAAAGGAAACAGAAGUUGCUUUUCUCAAAGAACAAUUAGAUCAAAUCAAAAGUAAAGAUAUAUGCAUGCAAGACCAAAUGAAAGAAUUACAAGAUCAAUUGGAAAAAUUUGAAAAAUUUAAUAAUGUUAGCAAAUUUUUGCAAAGCGAAUUAGAAGUAUUAAGAAAAGAAUCCAAAGAAGCAAAAGAAAAGGAAGCCUUUGCACUGGAGCGAUUAAAAACCUUAGAUGCUGAGGAAUCGAAAUUGCAAAAAGACUUGGAACGAUUACGUAAUUUAGAAAUUUCGCAAAGGGAACAGAUUGCAGUAUUAGAAACUCAAUUAACGGAAAAUGGCGUUCAACUUUAG